AUGAAACAGAAUAAUAUUUCCUUGCAUGAUGAGGGCUCACCACUGAUGCUGAAAGAUGAAACUGAUCAACUACUGCUGCUGGUGCAGACUCGAACCAGGUGCUUCCUGAACAUCAUAUGGAACCUGGUCAAAUUUCCAUCUUACCUUUCCGACAACUCUGGGAUGACCGAUCAGAACACAAAACCGGACCAGUGCAUGCAAGAUGUUUUAUGUUAUAUCGAGCAGUAUUAUGUUAUAAGUAGUUCAGGCAUGAACCAAUUUAAUAUCUCCACUGAUCAAUUAGCUCUUCUUUCCCUGAAAUCACAAAUCAUUCCGGACCCCUUUCACUUCUUGGAUGAAAGUUGGUCUCUAGCUACGUCUGCCUACGAUUGGGUUGGAGUCACUUGUGGCUCUUGUCACCAGAGAGUGAGAUUUUUGAAUCUUUCCAACAUGGAUCUCACGUGCGUAAUACCCCGUGAACUUGGGAACCUCACAUUUCUUGUUUCUCUUGACUUGGGAAGAAACAAUUUCCAUGGAAAUUUGCCUCAAGAAAUGUCACACUUGCAUCGGCUUAAGUUUCUUGAUUUAAGUGUCAACAGCUUCAGCGGGAGGAUCGAAUUCAUUGCAUUUACAGGAAAUAGUUUAUUGGGAUAUCUUCCCAAUGGUUUAUGCAAUGGUCUCCCAAUACUGAAAGGGCUUUAUCUGUCUUAUAACAAGCUUCAUUGUCAUAUGCCGACAAGCUUGUCAAAUUGUUCACAACUUCAAGUAUUGUCUUUAUCAAAAAAUGAGUUUGAUGGACGAAUACAUAGGAUAAUUCCACAUGAAAUUGGAAAUCUUGUUAAUUUGGUGGAGUUAUGGAUGGCGAGAAACCAGAUUACCGGCUCUGUCCCGAUCUCAAUAUACAAUAUCUCUUCGCUGCAAAUUUUGUCACUGUGGCAGAACAAUCUUAGUGGAUUCUUACCACGGGAGAUUGGAAGAGAUAAGUUACUCAGAGGAGAAAAUGUAGCGUUUGAGUGUGAAGAGAUGGAGGACUCGGAAGAAGAGACGAUAUUUGAAUCUGAGAUAACUAAUGAUGAAAAUAAGACAUUCUUCAUUCCCCUUUAUGCUGACUCUCAAUGCUCAUCAUCUGACUUGAAGGUUGUCGGAAACCAAAUCCUUUUCGCGGCCAUACCGAGCCUGAAAAUGAGCAAUCCUAUUCGUUCCAGUGGUCCGUACACUACGUUUGCUUCUGACAUGAUAGAAUUGGUGAACCUGUUGUUUCGCAUAGAGCAGAUUCAUGGAGGAAAACAGACACAAUCUUUGAUUGCUAAUACGAAUGUGGAAAAUCCGAAUGUUACCAUGAAAGAUGAAGGCUUUUGUAAUUACCUCGAAGAAACACCCAGGGUUCAUAUGGUCCUUGGAUAUGUCAGCAUAUUACGGAAGGCGUAA